AUGGCAAAGUUGUCGAAGAUCCAACUGCUCUUCAAGAACGUCGGACAUCUCAUGAAGACAAACUUGGACGAAAUAUUCAAAGAAAUCGAACUGAACAAAACCCUUGCGGGGAACGUCCAGAUGAAAGUGAAACAAACAAUACGGAAGAAAUAUGUUAAUGUCUAUGUCAUAGUCUCGCCACCUCUCUUGUUAGUCUUCGAGAACAAAGAAGACGUCGUCGAUAAGAAGGCGCUGUGUAUCUUAAACUUGUUGCACGUCACUGUGAAGCUCUCCGAGACAAGAAAGAACACAAUAGUCCUGCAAGGGAAAGACAAUUUGUUCUUGAGAGUCGGAUUCGAUGAGAAGAGACUCUACCACUAUAAGAACUUGUGUUGUCUCUGCGUCGAACAAAGCGAAGUCUCAAAAUGGUUGACUACCAUUAAAGCAACUGUCGAUCUGGUCUGGAGAGUCUGGGGCGCCCUUAUAAGUGCUGAACCUUUCGACCCUUCAAUCUCGGAAAAUGACACGUCUGAUGAGUUAACAAGUUGUUCCGAAAUCUCUGAUGAUAUGAGUGAGAAGUCCGAAAAGAGCGAAAGAGGUGGGCAGCGUGUGAGCGGCGAGAAGGAUAAAACAAAAUUGAAAAGAGUUGUUUCAUGUGAAAUACCCGAAUUGAACAAUCUCCAAAAUGUGAAAAGAACAACAAAUUCGAAAAGAAAAGGAAGCCAAUCUUCGGGAAACUCGGGGAAAAAAUCUCCAGAAGAAUUGAGCAAGUUGAUAAUAACAACAAGUUGCUCCGAAAAAAGUGAAAAAUCUCCCAAAAGUGACAGUUUUGAACAAACUGAAAAGGAAAAAAUAGAAACAGAAACUAAAGAAAUAGUUCAAAAAUACGAAACAGAAAAAAUUGAAUUUUUAACAACAAUCGAAGAACUCAAAAACAAAUUACAGGAGAAGGAAGAACAUUAUACAAAAACGAAAAUGGACACUCAAAAAACGAUUUCUGAUCUUCAAAAUUUAGUGAUGAGUCGAGAGAGAUUGAGUGAAGAAGUCGAAAAGAUCCGAAUGGAGCAAAGUGAGGAGUUAAUGCGAUUGAAAAAAGAAAUUGAAAAAACACCAAACAAAACCGAAAUUGAAAAGAUGCAAAAAGUGAACGAAAUAAAUGACAACAAGAUUAUGGAACUUCAAGCAGAGAUAACAAAAAUGAGAGAAAAAGCGUUAAAAGAGGAGGAUGACUUUAAACAAGUAGUAGAAAUAAUGAAACAAGAAAAUGUCGAAUUAAAAGAUGAGAUUGAAGUGAUGAAAGUUCUGAGCAAAACGAUGAGUGAGAACAUGACGCAAAUGAACGGAGAUCUUGAAGCAUUUAAAACGGAAGAAGAAAGAAGUAAAAUAGAAAUAGAGAGAUUGACAGCUCUUGUCGCAGAAAAAGAAAACGAGAUUAUAAGGCAAAACGAUUUGAUAGGAAAGUUGUCGGAUGAGAAAGAGAAGUUACAAACAAUAAAACAUAAUAAUAUAAUGAGCGAAAAAGUGAUAACCGAAUACAAAGAGAAGAUUGCAAAUUUGGAGAACGAGAGGAGUACAAUAAUAGCUGAAAUAGAAUAUUUGAGAAAUAAAGAAGAGACGUCAAAGAAAAUGAGUGAGUCGGAACGGUCGAGUACAACAAUAGAUAUAACAAACAAAAAGUUGAUCAAAUCUUUGAUGUGUGUGAGCCUUUAUAAAAAGUGUGAUAUAGAAACACCUGUUGUGUAUGAAAGAGGAGUAAUGAAUCUAUUGAUUGGGAGAAGUAAUGUUAUAUAUUGUCUUUUAGAGAGUCUGGCUUUAGAGGAGUGUUAUCGAGUAUUCCAAUCACAAAAUGAAAGAAGAAAUGAGAAAAGAAAAGUGAGUCUUGGGCGCUUAUUAGGACGUGAUUAUGUUUUUCCAGUUCUAGGUGAAGUUUAUAAAGUGUUAUAUAAAGUGAGACAAAACGAAAGUGAUGAAAAAAGAGAAAAAAAUGAGAAGAAGAUUUUUGGGAUAUUUGAAGUGGUUUCGAUUGAAUCUGACAACGUGAUUGUUGCGUUUUGUCUUCGUGGGAAAGAUCACAAAAGUGAUGGACAAAUUGUCGUUUAUGCGAAGCAAAAUGACACAAAACCGGAUUUGAGAUUUCGGACGGAACGAAUAGAAGAGAGAAUCUUCGGAGAACAGAAUGACGGAACGAACGUCGUCACCACUCAAGUUUCUGAAAGAAAGCGAGAUAAAGAUUGUAACAAUUAUGAGAUCUACACGUUGUGUCAGUCCUAUUGGACAUUUCUUGACGAGCAAAAUUUGUUUGGAGAAGUUCAAAGAGAGUGUUUGAGAGGAGAAGAUGCACUUCCACGAUAUAUCCAGAUCUGCAAAAAAAUUGAGGAGAAGAAAAGAGAAGUCAUCGACAAUCUCCAUUUUGAGAUGAAAUGCGGAACGUGGCGGGUUAAAACCGAUUUAAAGGACACGGAAACGUCGAAUGGAAUAGUCGAGGUUGGAGGGGUUAUACGACCAAUACCACUUAAUAUGGGAGGUGUAAGUGAAACAACGAUUGUCGAUGCGUUUGAAGAUAUGAAAGUCCGAAUGAAACGGUGUGAAGGAAAAAAAGAGGAAGAAAAGGUAAUGGACUUUUAUGAAAAAAGAAUUAGUCGUGUUGGGUUUGUUAUAUAUAUUGCUGUAGCACUGAUUGUUGCGAUUGUGGCUCGUUUUGCCAUUUUGUGA